AUUUCUGCCGAUGCGGUGGUGACUAUAAAAGCCUCCGCCUCUGAAGAUCACCAAAACAGUGUGGAUUAGACAAUUCCGACAAGAUGUUCAAGCUUACGAUCUGCCUGAUAGCCGUGGUCCUUGUGGCAUAUGUCCAGGCCGACAACAUCGACAAAGAUGCCACCAUCCUGAGCGAGAAGAACGAUCCGGCCGAUGCGGAGGGCAACUACGCCUACUCUUUUGAUACCAGCAACGGCAUCCAGGCCCAGGAGGCUGGCAAUGCCAAUGGAGCCACUGGUAGUGCCUCUUGGACCUCACCGGAGGGUGAGAAUAUUGUCCUGACCUAUAUCGCCGAUGAGAAUGGAUUCCAGCCGUCCGGUGCCCAUCUGCCGGUUUCACCACCAAUUCCAGAUGCCAUCCUCCGUGCUCUGGAGUACAAUGCCGCCCAUCCAUCCAACGAAUAAAUACGGAUUGGAUACUAUAUACCCGUUUGAAGGCCUAGUCAGUGGCUUAGUUUUAACCACGUUGUACAUAAUUAAAUAGAAAAAAAUCCUGUGCAAAACGAUACACAAUAAAUCAAUACCCACGAUCGUGUGAACCGAA